UUAAAGUUCAAAAAUGAAAGUGAUCAAAAUUUUAAGUGUUUUCCUCAUAUUGGUUGUUGAAGUGAUACCGAUAGAGAUUGAAUUGCAAGAAGGGGAAGAAAUUAAAGGGAAUCGUGUUGAUGGGGGUUUGAAUGAUUGUAUUAGUGUUAGAAGAAGUACAGAAGUAGGAGUUUGCUUCGGUAAAGAGUUGUUGAGCAAAUUGAACACAUACGAUGAAGCUGAUGCCUUCAGUUUAGCUACAGGAGUCUCUUUUGUAAGAGAUGAGAAAACACCGCGAGAUAUUGGAGCUUUUCUGGACAAAGAUCCUAUGGAUUUCCGGUCAAUGCUCGAAGAUGCAGGCAACCUUAUUGCUAAAAGAUCUCUUCAUUGGGACCUCAGUGGUGUCUACCCUGGAUUAGUUAUGAAAAUUGGCCCGACAUUAUCCAAUGGCGUUCUUGAAUUUGUAAUGGAUCCAAGAGUUAAAGAUAGAGCUUAUCAACAACCUUCUGAGGUAUCUACAGGUCGUCUCCUAGCAAGAAACCUUCUCGUACCAUUUCUUCUUGGCUUCAAAUUCCAGCUUUCAACCCUACUGCCUUUGCUAUUAGGUCUAGUAUUGAUUGCCAGUAAAAAAGCCUUUCUUUUAGCCAAAGUAGCUUUACUGGCAGUGACAGUCUUCAGUUCAGGGUGGGGAAGUCAGAGUUCAUACGGAGGGUUUGGAACACCAUCCUUGUCUUCAUAUUCGUCUUAUGAAACUCCAGGACAUUAUCAUGAUCAUCACGAUCAUCAUUCUUCAGGAGGUUACUACCGCCGUCAACCACACCCAGACUAUUAUUACAGGGAGAAAGAACCGGAACCCUCAACAGCUUCUCCAAUAACUCCUGAUGAAUUAAGAGAUAGACUAGAGAGACUAUUUGUCACUAAGAAAGAGAAUAUGAAUGAUGCAAGAGACAGAGAUGACGUCAGCUCCAGAAAUGUUAGGAAUUUUGCUUGGACGCCUAUAAAUACUGGAUAAACUGAUAUUCUUGGUUUAGAAGAAUUUAAUUUAGCUCUAGGUUGUGCAACUUGUAUCUAUCU